AUGGAACUUGAAGAGUUACGCCAAGUAACACGUUCAUUUGUGCUAUCACAUCAGACAUUAUGUAUAACAGGUGUCAGCUUCGACAAACGUUGUCUAGUUGGCUAUACGGAAUUGACAUUACAUCCACUUGUGAAAAAUUUUAAUGUUAUCAAAUUAAAUGCACGUCAAUUAACGAUUUAUGCUGUAACCAUUAAUGGUGAACGAAAUGUGGAAUUUUCAUAUGAUGAUCCAAAUAUACAGAUUUUGUCCGAUGAUGAUCCAAGACGAGAUCUAACAUCAUUAUUAAAACGUCAACAACGUUUUUCUGAAUAUGUUGAUCCUGAUGAAGGUAAUGGAGAAUUAACAAUAUUUAUCCCAUCAUCUUUACAACAACAAGAACAAAAUUCUUCAACAACUCCUAAUGAUGAUAAUAAUACCAGUGAUAUUGUUUAUAAAGUAACAAUUGAUUUUUCACUUGAACAACCUGAAAGUGGUAUUCAUUUUUUUGUACCUGAUGAUGAUGCUAAAUUAUCACGUCUUAGUCGUCAUUUAUUUACAACUGGUCAUGAUGCUCGUCUUUGGUUUCCAUGCGUAGAUAGUUAUUGUGAGCCAUCAACAUGGACAAUUGAAGUAACAGUUGAAGAAUCCUUAACUGUCGUAGCGUCUGGAGAACUUGUGGAAUGUACAACAAAUAAUGAAUUAAAAACUUAUCGAUUUUAUUUAUCAACUCCAGCACCUGCACCAUUUAUUGGACUUGCUAUAGGAUCAUUCGAAUCAGUUGUUGAUUCUAAUACUCAAGAAAUAACAAAUUAUUGUCUUCCUGGUUUGUUAACACUUCUAACAAAUACCACAAGCUUUGUUCAUGAACCACUUGAAUAUUUUGAAGAAUUAUUAAAUGCAAGUUGUCAAUAUCCUAAUUAUAAACAAGUAUUUGUUACUGAACCACAUGCUGAAUGUAUACCAUUUGCAUCUAUGGCUAUAUUUAAUGUUAAUCUAUUAUAUCCAUCAACUGUAAUUGAAGCAACAUGGCACGCAAGAACACAAAUGGCAUUUGCAUUAGCAAACCAAUUUUUUGGUUGUUUUAUAACCAUGCGUUCUUGGCGUGAUUGGUGGUUAUUAAAAGGUCUAGCUUUAUAUUUAACUAGUUUAUAUACAAGACGAGCAUUUGGAAAUAAUGAAUAUCGUUACAAUCUUAAUCGAGACAUGCUUGAUGUUAUUCGAUAUGAACGUGAAGAAAAUCCAAUUCGUCUUGAUUUUGCUCCGAUAAAAUCAGAAUCAGAUAUAACAAGUGUAAAUAAUCGUCGUGGAACAAUGAUGUCUUCUCAAUAUCUUGAAGUAGCAGCAAAAAAAGCUCAUCUUGUCGUACGAAUGAUUGAUGAUUUCAUUGGUCGAGAAAUUAUGAUGCAGAUUCUUAAUAAACUUAUGUGUUUAGCAACAACAGCUUGUUUAAAAGAUGCAUCGCUUAGUUCACGUUCACGUUUACAUAUAUCAAGUAAAUCAUUUUCACGUGUUGUUAGUACAUUAACAACAAAAGAUAUUCAAGCAUUACUAACACAAUGGGUAUACGAAUCAGGUUGUCCAAAAUUAAUUGGAAGUUUUUCAUUUAGUCGUAAACGAAAUGUUGUUGAAUUAGAACUUAAACAAGAUACAACAAUUAAAGGUUCAAAAAAGUUUUUAGGUUCAUUAGUUAUACGUGUACAAGAAUUAGAAGGUUCAUUUAGUCAAACAAUUUUAUUAGAAGAUAGUGUUACAAAAUAUGAAUUAACAUGUCAUUCCAAAGUUCGUCGAAAUAAGAAAAAGAAAAUUCCAUUAAUAUCUGGUGAUGAAGUUGAUAUGGAUCUUCAGCAAAUGGAUUCUGAAUGUCCAAUAUUAUGGAUAAGAAUUGAUCCUGAUUUAAAAAUUAUUCGAGAAUUACAAUUUGAACAAGCUGAUUAUAAUUGGCAAUGGGAAUUACGUUAUGAACGUGAUAUUCUUUCACAAUUUGAAGCACUUGAAGCACUUAAACGAUUUCCAAGUCAAAUUACUCGAGAAACACUUGGCGCUGUUUUAGAUUCAUCAAAUUGUUUUUAUCGUGUUCGAAUUGAAUGUGCAUAUGUUCUUACUCAUAUUGCAAAUUCUAUGGCAAAUACAUGGACAGGUACAUUAGCAACAUUAAGCUUUUUUCGUCGUGUCUUUAUGUCAACAAAUUCAACAUCAUCAUCAACAAAUGUAACAACAUCUUCAACAAAUAAUUUAUCAUUAACAGUACCAUCAGCAUAUAUUGUACGUAUAAAUGAUUUUUCAAAUUCACAAAUGUAUAUGAUACAAAAAACAAUUCCACAAGCUAUAGCAUUACAACGUAAUAAAGAUCGUGUAUGUCCACCAGAAGUAAUUAAUUUUCUAUUUGAAUUAAUACAUUAUAAUGAAAAUUCUAAGAAUCGUUUUUCUGAUGCUUUUUAUCGUUCAUCAUUAAUUGAUUCACUUGGAAAUACAUUAACAAAUAUUGGUUUGACAAGUACAACAACAAAUGUUGAUCUUUUAUUAAAUCAUACAUUAGAUAAUAAUACAAAACGAAUAUUUGAUGAAAUAUUAUUACAACUUAAUUAUGAUAAAAUUAUUCCAUCAUAUGGAUUUUGUGUAACAUGUAGUUGUUUAAGAGUUUUACAUAAAUUAAAUAUUAUAAGUGGUAUCCUUAUUGAUAUUAAUGUUUUUUAUGAAUAUGCAUCAUAUGGAAUGUUUGAUCGUGUACGAUUAGCAGCUUGUGAAAUUCUUGUUGAACAAAUUGAAACUCGAAUGAAUCAAGAUGUAUUUGAAUAUAUAUUCAAUCUUAUUGCGAAUGAUCCUGAUUAUAAUUUAAGACGUAAAAUAGUUCAACAUUUGUGUCGUCAUCCACCAUUUCGACAAAAUCAAACAUGUUCUCUUAAUAAUCCAAUAACAGUUAAUCGAUUAUGGUCAUUGAUGAAAAAUUUUGCAUAUGAUAAUCAAAUUCGAAAUGAUCUUGUUGAACUUUAUCAGAUUAUGUUCGGUCUCAAUCGACCGAAUUGUUUACCACCAUUGAAUGAAAUGAAUGAACUAUUAAUCAAAGAUGAACUUGAUGAUGUAUCUGAUACAAUAGUUGAUAUCGAUCCGGAACGUUUAAGUUAUUUUCGUCUAGCUCGAUAUGCAGAUGAUACAAAAGCUGCUGCAAGUAAAUUAGCAUCCAGUAGUAAAUAA